UGUUUGUAAUUUCAGUCUUCCUAGUUCUCCCUUCUUCUGGUGCAUCUCUCAAAGAAAACAUUGCAAAAUUUUCACAAAAUCAAAUAGAUCCAUGGAUUCCAAGCAGGAAAGAAGUAAUAGUAUUAGUAUCUUAAUGCUUCCUUGGUUAGCUCAUGGGCACAUCUCACCCUUCUUAGAUUUAGCCAGAAAACUCUCACUCAGAAAUUUCCAUGUUUAUUUCUGUUCCACACCCAUCAAUCUAAAACCAGUAAGAGAAUCUCUUAUAGACAAAACAUUCUCUUCAAUACAACCAGUAGAUCUUCACCUCCCUUAUUUAGCAGAACUCCCUCCUCAAUACCACACUACCAAAGACCUCCCUCCCCAUCUCAUGUCCACACUCAAAACAGCCUUUGACUCAGCCAAGCCUAUGUUUAGCAACAUCUUGAAGGCCCUAAAGCCAAACCUCUUAAUCUAUGAUUGUCUACAACCAUGGGCUCCAGUGGCAGCUCGUGAAGAAAACAUUGAAGCUGUUAUGUUGUCAACUUGUGGUGCGGCUGCUAGUUCUUUGAUGGCUUUCUAUAGCAAUAAUCCUGGCAAGGAAUUCCCAUUUCAAGCCUUAAAUUUCCCACAGGCUGAAUGCGAGAAAAGCAUGCAUUUCCUGCAUUAUACAGCAAAUGGUAUCACAACCAAAGAAAGGUACAUGCAAUGCAUAGAAAGAUCUUCCAACAUAGUCUUGAUCAAGACCUCGGGAGAGAUUGAAUCACAGUAUAUUGAUUAUCUCUCUGGUUUAGUAGGGAAGGAGAUAGUUCCUGUUGGGCCUCUUGUUCAUGAACCUAAGAACAAAGAUGAUGAUAUGGUAAUCGUAGAAUGGCUCAACAAGAAAGAUCCUUCUUCGGUUGUAUUUGUUUCUUUUGGAAGUGAGUACUUUCUUUCCUUGGCAGAAAUGGAAGAGAUAGCUCGUGGGCUUGAACUUAGCAAGGUUAAUUUCAUAUGGGUUGUGAGAUUUCAUGGUGGAAACAAAAUUAGUAUUCAUGAGGCUUUACCUGUAGGAUUCUUGGAGAGGAUUCGCGAGAAGGGUAUGGUGGUGGAAGGUUGGGCUCCACAGGCAAAAAUAUUGGGGCAUUCAAGCAUUGGUGGGUUUAUGAGUCACUGUGGUUGGAGUUCAACACUUGAGGGAAUGAUGUUUGGGGUACCAAUCAUAGCCAUUCCCAUGCAUCUUGACCAACCCUUUAAUGCCAAAUUGGUGGUGGAGGUUGGUGUUGGUGUAGAGGUUUCAAGAGAGAAUGAGAAGCUCAAGGCAGAAGAGGUGGCCAAGGUUAUAAAUAAAGUGGUGAUGCAAGAGGAAGGGAAGGAAGUAAGGAAGAAAGCUAAAAAACUGAGUCAGAGAAUGAAGGACACAGAUGAUGGAGAGAUGGAUGUGGUGGUAGAGAAGCUGGAGCAGCUACUUGGAGAAUCUAGAAUUUCUACCACUUUUGAGGAAAUAUAAAAACAACUUGUAAGUUGAAUGUUUCUUCUUUUCCUUGAAUCAUAAAAAUAUGAAGGGAAGCACAAAUUCAGAUUGUAGGUAAUAAGUAAAGACCUUUCAUCAAGAAAAGGUAACAAGCAAAGACA